AUGGAAGGGACAAUCGACGCCACGAUAUUAGUGGCGACUGGUGCACUACUUCUGGCCGGGCACUUCCAUUUGUGUGGUGGUGAUAUUGGUUCCAUGAAGGAAAAGAUCCUUCAGCAGUGUCAACUUGCUGAAGCAGCGACGAGCCAGAUUGAGGAACCUCGUGUAGAUGCGGCUUUCCUCAAGAUUCGACAAAAAGUUAUGCGGAUUGCGACGGAAUGCACUCUGCAUGCUCUUUGCGUAGCGUUGCUCUGGCUGCUGUACGAGUUUGGCCUGCGACCUGGGCGAGCUCAAGCCAUCAGACUUGCAAGCGCACUUUGUCCAUACACGCUGAACAUCCUGAUUGCCAGGCGGAAAAUCGAGUUGACGAAAGUUAACCUCCGGAUAUCCCACAUGCUGUACAUGCUGACGUUCUCGGUCUUCGUGUUCGCGGGCACCGGGUCCGACUCAAGUUCCAAUGCAACCGACCCGGUGGUCCUACAGGCGUUCCAGCUCAGCAGUCGCUUCUCAAUGACAGUGUUUUUCUUAGAUACCGCCUUGGUUCUACCAUGCCAAGCAUUUCUGUCUCUGGCAGAAUGGUGGUCUUUCCGGCCAGCUCAUGGGGACGGUGGGAUUUCUUUCGUUUUCGCCCAAGUGUUGGUUCUUGUCAUAAUUACCUUGCUGUCCCUCACUUUGGAGCUGGGUGUUCGAUCCCAUCUUCGUGCUUCGCUGGCGUCGGCCGAUGCUGGGUCCAUGGUGCAAGGCUUUCGCCGCGUUCUGCGUGGGAUCUGCGAUGGCGAAGUGUUGCUCGAUAGCAAUCUGCGCAUCUGCGAGGAGGGCCGCGGUCUCCAGCACCUCCUCAUGACGGAAACAAGCCUCGAAGAUCGGAGCUUUGUAGACCUGGUUCGUGAGGAUGCAAGGAACGACUUCAGCCGCUUCUUGAAAGGAAGCGAUUCUGGAGAGGGUUCUGGAUCCGCGCCGAGCUGCCUCCGGACCUCACUCCGUGGGUCUUGUGACAUCCGGGUGGCUGUGGACCUCUUCCACGUGCCCCUGGAAAUCUUUGGUGAACAGCACCACUUGAUCGCCUUCCGAGAAGAUGGCGAGGUCAGGGAGGUCCGAGAAGCUCCUGAGGUGGAUGUUGAUGUGGCUACCAUCAUGGAGAGGAUCCUUCAGUCGGACCUGUCCACCCCCACGCCCUCCGACUCCCAGCAGCCUGGAUCCAACUGUUCAGACAGCUCUGCUGGCGGGGGCUGCAACUUGUUGGCCUUCCCCUCGCUUUCAGAAAUCACCCUCCUCGUAGAUGCAUCCUCUCAAAGGUGUGAUGUGGCCCAGGCACAUCUGAAAUACAGCCUGGACAGGCAGACACAUCAGACACCCCCUUCCCUGCGUAAGCUGGUGCUUCCCGUUGACUGGGAGUCGGUUCGCUCCAAGAUUGCCCGCUACGUUCAGAAGUUUCAGGAGGGGCGAAGGGAGCCCAAGAAGCUGGACGGGAUGCGGCUGAGAACACCCGAGGAUCCGCGCAAGCUUCUGCUUGCCAAGACUGCCAAGCUGCUGCGUGCAGAUGGUGCGGGUGAAGGUGCAGAUGCAGCCAAGCAAGCACUUCUCUGGGUGUGCCUUUCAAACUUCACGGAGGAUAGCUCCAGAUGCAGGACGCUGAAGGUGCUCGAGUCCAGAUCACUUCAUCGGCCGCAGGCAAACUGCAACCACACCAUGGUCUUGACAAAGGGUCGAUGCAAAGUGAGGAUGCUGGUGCAGCUGAUUCAGAGGGAUCUGGGACAGGAGAGCCUGCGCCGCGGGCUCAAGCCGAGGCAGACGCUGGUCUUCUGCAACACACUCUCUUCGUGUAAGUCGGUUGGCUACCAGCUGAAGGAGAAGUACAGCCAUGUACAAGAGAGGAUUGGCAUGCUCCACAAGGAGCUUCAGACAGCUGAUCGCAAAGAGGUUCUGAGGAAGUUUGUUGAAGGCCAGUACACCGUGCUGGUCUCCACGGACUUGGCCCAGCGUGGCCUGGACCUCCCAAACUGCGAGCACGUGAUCAACUUCGACUUCCCGCUCAACUCCAUCGACUACCUUCAUCGAGCCGGCCGCACGGCGCGAUAUGGAGAGCCGGGCAAGGUGACCUCCUUGAUCAAGAAGGGCGACAAGUAUCUGGCCAAGGUUGACUCGGGAGUUUUUUUGCUUUUAUUAUAUUAUUUCCUAAAAACAUCUCGGAUGUUGGGUUCUCGUUUAGGUUCAAAACGCGAGAGCGCGAUACCGGGGAAUGGCGGCGCAGGGUGA